GUUCGAGGUGAAAACACUGUGCACGGCCGAGCGAUGGGUAUAUUAAAAGUGUCUUUUGCCCUUCUUGAAAGAAUCAACAGUGGCAGUACAUGUCAAAGAACUUCAGGAAAAGUUUGUGCAGUCAAUGCAUCCUGCUGGCUGCACAAAGCGUUGGCUGUGAGUUUCAAAGAUUUGGCGAUGAUCGCAAGUAUGUUUUUAUUUAUAUGUUUACUUAUCAAUUUGUGCAGUGUUUCAAUCGCUAAACUUAUGUAUAUUCUAUUUACUUUAUUGUUCUUACGACUGUAUUGUUAUUAUAAUUAUUAUGCAAACUUUUCAGGGUUGUGGACAUACGGUAAAAGUAUGCAUAGACACGGAAAUUUUUCUGCAACAUUAUAUUGUUUAAUUUAAUGCAAUAUACAAGCCAGUUAUAUGCUCAGUACAGUAUCUGUAAAAUUCCAUGUAAUUUUAGUUAUGCUUAGAAUUUGCCCAUCAUUUUAGCACUUCUAAUGCCAUCAUAGGUCACAAUUUCUAUAGUUUGACUACACAAUCUUACCUAAAACUAUGGGAUGAAAAUCAUAUAUGCCAUGCCAAUUCAAUUUUUGGUAUCACAAAUAUUGUAAAUAUAAUGUAACAUUGAAAAGAGAUGAGGUGCUGUUUAUAUGAUCUCGGGUUGGGAGAGGCAAAAUUAUAUUCAUUAUAUAACAUUUAAACGCAAGUGUUUAUAUGGAAAGUUUUCGUCUCGGCUGGUAGGGUCACCCUGGCAGUAGGGACACCCUGUUUACAAAACAGUCCAUGUAAAUAGUUUGUCUCGGCCUCCAGGGAUAACUUUUCAUUCCCAGGCCUUCAAACAAAUAACUGCAUGUUUCAGGAGUCACAAUCUCAUACUUAGAGCCAUUCUCGUAGGAAGAGAUACAAUGCCAGGGCUAUAAAUUUUUUUCAUAUAAACAUGCAGUGAAGUUGUCUCGUGUGGAUUGGGUGUCUCUAGUAUCCAAGGUCAUAUAAAUAGCAUCUAAGUAAUAAAAGGUCAUUGCAAUGGCAAUUUGCAGCUGGCAGGAAAACGCUUUGCAUACCAAUAUAUGGAGAGUAAGAAAAAUGAUGUGGUUUAAAUUGAACCACAUACUAGUUUUCACAUCUAGUUUUCAAGAACUUUGUAUGCCUUCCACUCACUAGAAUUUACCCAAAAUUAAAAAAAAAUCCAAAUCCUCACACCUUGCCCAUACCCCUCCCCAGAAUUUACAUUUUAUUGGUGCACAGGAAUGUCACAACAAUUUAUAAUCCAUGCCAAUACAUUGCUAAUCAGACAUUUGAUCAAUUUAUUUUGCAAAAUUCAAAUUCCCAUUUUUCAACGACACCCUUUUUAUGUACAAAUGCAUAAAAAAUUAUAGAGUAAAUUGGAAAGUAGUUGUGUGCAGUAAAUAACAAUUUGUUAUUAUCCACCUUUCAGCUUUGCUGUGAAAAAGAUAUUCAGUACAUAAUGGCACCAUAUGAAGCAGAUCCAGAAAUUGCAUUUAUUGUGAAUAAUGGAUAUGCUGGUUUUGCCAGCCUUGUCCCAAGCACUUUGAUUUGAGGCUGUGGUUUUGCAGUGUGUUAAGAUUAGGACCUGCUUGUAUAGAGCAUUUGCACUCAUUCCCCAGGGACCAACUCAACAAAAGCCAUGGCGGCCAUGUUGGUGUUCCAGACAAGAGUCUAAUUAAAAUUAUUUUGAAUUGGAACACCAACAUGGCGGCUGUGAUGUCAUGUGCAAAUGCUCUAUAUCAGUGUGAUGUUAAUGCUAAUACAUGGAUUCUAGCAUGUUGUUGUAUAAUAAUUGUUGUAUAAAAUGGGAUGUUUUUGUUUGCAUUUCGAUGAUGGUGGUCAUGUAUGCAGGUAUAGACUUAGUAAAACAUUGUUCAAUGAAG